CCUCUCCCAGCUGUUUAUCUGGGCCAUGCACAGCCAUACUGAAUUCAGCCGCUACACACGACCUGGGCAGUACCGCGGGUAGCUCCCUGCGCGUCACGUGAUCACGCCGUAUUAUAUAUAUGUAUGUAACGUACGGACACGAGAAGAAGGAUAUAAAAAUCGUUCGCGUCCGUUGAGCAUAUUCGUGCCUGAGCGAGCGUCGUGCGCGGACCAUGGGGUGGCAUGUAGCGUUACUGGUGCUCGGGGGUUUAACCCUCCAACGGGCUGGGGCGGUUUCACAAGCGCCCGUCCCGCGUAUCGCCGUAAUAGGGGGUGGCAUUGGCGGCGGGUCCGCCUCGCAUUUCCUCACCGAGCUGUUCAACGGGACCAUGAAAAUCGACUUGUACGAGGCGAGGACCGUCGGCGGACGCCUGGCGACCGUGAAUAUCGGCGGAGUUGAAGUCGAGGCUGGCGGCUCGAUCUUGCACACCAAGAACAUGUAUAUGCAGAGAUUCGUUGAACUCUUGGGUCUGGAAAAGAAUACCCCGAGCAACGACAAAGUGGGCAUAUGGAACGGCAGUGAGUUUGUAUUCAUAGAGAGUGAUUGGUGGUUGGUAACGAUAUCAAAGUUACUUCGCAGAUACGGCUUUCAACUCAUUCAGCUUAACUGGCGUAUAGAGAACAUGAUAAAGGAAUUCGUGAAAAUAUAUGAUCUGCAGGAUGCUGGGAAGUCAUUUGCUAGCGCCACCGAGCUGCUGUCGGCUAUGAACGAGGAUUUUCCAAGGUUAUUGCGGAUAUCCAUGAGAGAGUACCUCUCGAAUCUGGGCUACUCCAAGGUGCUGAUCGACGAAUUGGUGCAAGCCGCUACCGUGGUGAAUUACGGUCAGGAAGUCACAGAUAUGCAGAGUUUCGUUGGUUGUAUAUGUCUAGCGACGGGCAGCGAGUUAUGGUCUGUUAAAGGUGGAAACAAGAAGGUGCCGGAGCAUCUUAUUUACAGAAAUAAGAAUGUGAGUGUGAUACCGAGUCGCGUUACAAAGAUUCGUCACUUAAAUGAUAACGCACGUAAUUUGAGCCAGUACGAAGUGACCUAUGUUAACGAAGAUAGCACGGAUCCAAUGACGUCUACUUACGACAUCGUAGUUAUCGCUGCGCCACUUACAACGGACCAAGAAUUCCAAAUAGAAUUUGCCGAGUUUCCGGACAAACUGGCGUUUCCGGGAAGCUACCAAACGACGCACGUAGCGUUCAUCAAAGGGGAUCUGAAUCUAAAGUACUUUGGCUUGGACACGGCUCUGAGUAGCAUUCUAAGUUGCAAUCCCAACAAAACAAAGAUAAGUUCGGUCGGAGAACAGGAUUCUGUUGACGGUUCAAUUAAGAGCGAGCAGGCAAAUUUUAUCGAGAAAGAUCGACCAGUUUGGAAGCUCUUCAGCAGAGAACGUAUGGAGACGAGUCUUCUUCAUGAUAUCUUUUACAACGUUGUCGAGACCAAACAAAUUGCUUGGAAAGCAUAUCCCCAUUAUUCGACCAGCAUGAAUCUUGAUAACUUUAAGCUGCACGACGCGCUGUAUCACGUCAAUGCAAUUGAGUGGGCCGCAAGUGCGAUGGAAAUGAGUGCAAUAGCUGGAAGAAACGUCGCUAUCCUGGCGUACAAUGAUUUCCUACAGAAGUAUGCUUCCACGUUGGGUGAAAACGUUGCACACAAUUCGACUAGAACAGUACGUUCGUUUGCAGAAUUGUAGCGCUAUUAUUUUGCCGUUAUUAUAGGUUUUAUAUUUUCGGAGAUGAAAUUAUUUUUGUAAAGACCUAUAAAAGAAGUUACGAAAUAUAGCAUAGAUAAAAACUAUGCAGAUGGAAAUAAUGUGAUAUGCCUACAUCUACCCAGCGAGUUUUGUAUCUCUCGUUAUGUGUUCCACAAUAGAAUUUAUAUUAUAAAUAUAUAUUAACAAAUAAAAAA